AUGAGCCCAGGCAGGGAAGGCGAGCCAGAGGAGGCAGCCACCCUCACAUAUCCCUCGCCGGGCGCCGAGGCUAUGGACGCCGGGCCUUUUUACCACUCUAACGCUCGCGACGGAGCUCCAGAGCACCCGGACCAGCUUGACCAACAUGCUCCCGAAGAAGUGCACGUGCAGGAGCAAGAGCAUGAUCAUGCCCAGAUGCCGGCGCAGGAUCCGACGACGCCGCAGCAGCAUGUCUCGCGGCCAUCGAACCUGGAAGAGCUCCAGCUGGCCGCACAGCUCGGCGACGGCCUGGCGGGCGCGUCCAUUAUGCCUGCCACGGAUCCAAACAUGAACGUGGACGAGCAUAGCAUGCGCAACAUCAUGCCGCAUCCUGAGCCAGAGCACCAUCAGGCCCCCUCCUAUGUCCAGGAUGCGCCGACGACCGACCAUCUGGCCCAGCAUCCCAUGUCCGUGGCUGUUGGGCCGCCUGUGCCACCCCAGUAUCAGAUAGGGGACGGCAUCCCGCCGAGAAAACGAUCCAAAGUGUCCCGUGCCUGCGACGAAUGUCGACGAAAGAAAAUCAAAUGCGACGCGCAGUCGGACACUGGCGAUAGCCCAUGUUCUAGCUGUGCACGAUCAUCAAUUCGGUGCCUCUUCAGUCGGGUGCCCCAGAAGCGAGGCCCGAGCAAGGGCUACAUCAAGGAACUCGCAGACCGAAUUCACAGCAUCGAGAACAAGCUCGAGUCCGAGGGCAACCUGACCCAGGAUGACAUCGAUAAACUCUUUGCCUCUGACCGCCCCCGGAGCCACGGCCACGGAGCCCCUGGCGAUGACAUGAGUCGAAAACGACCCUUUUCGAGCAUCUCCACCGGCGAUCUCAGCACGCCGGUGUCUGCCCGCCAAGCGCCGUGGGGCUCGGAGCCUCGACCGGUGCAGCCCGCAUCGGCCUCGUCUGAAAACUUCGCCCAGCAAGUGUAUGCCAACCACGCCCUUGCUCCUCAGCCGUCGGCGAUCAAGCCCGACGGCACGCCAUCGAAGCCACCGGUUGCAUCCAUGGAGGUCUCGAUGGCCGACGUUGACGAACUGCCCAGCAUUGACGAGGCGAAUUUGAAAGACUACCUCGCGAGCAUUCAACCAUUGUUCCCCGUCCUGCCGAGCAACGUGACGCGCAUGCAGCUGCUGCUGUCACAAUGCCCUUCAUCUCUGAGCACAGCAUUCUCCAUCGCUCUAGCGACGGUGGGACAAGGCUCGCCGGGAGACAUCAAACAUGCCGAUGCCCUUCUUCGUGAAUGGGAGAGCGACGAUGGUCCGCACAGCCGAGCGUCGGAGAUUGUGCAUGCUCAGACACUCAUGCUGUUCAUCAUCGAUGCUGACUGGCGGUCAUUGACGACGCUGCCGUUCCUCUUGGCUCGGGCGGUGGCGCUUGCCAAUAGCAUGAAGCUCUGGAAACUGGUCCCCGCCGAGUCUGCCGAUCCGGACUCUGAUGAUCAGCUGUGCCUGAAAAUUUGGUGGUCAAUCAUCAUGAUGGAUCGCUGGCACGCUGCCGGCACGGGGAAACCUGCCCUCAUCCCCGAUAGCAGCGUGGUGGCACGAGCAGGCUUGCAGGCCAACUUGGGUGAAGUCUGCUUCCAUUUGACACGGUUGUCGAAGCUUCUAAACAGAAUCGCCUACGUCAUCUCGGCCAUUCAGCCAGGCGCAACCACGGCGGACCACGCCAUGGCUAUGCUCUUGGGGGACUACAUCGAAAACUACCGAGAAGACCUUCCGGCUCACGUCGAUGCCGCCGCGUACCCCCUCGUGCACCUUGCCUACUGGCACUGCCGGCUGCUCGUGACGCUGCUGACCCCCGGCGCGACGGCGGCAGAGACGCUGUGGCCCACCCGGGAGCUUGCCAACCUGCUGUCGGCGAGCGCGCAGCUCAGAAGCCCCCUUAUCCACCACUUUGUCUCCCUCGUGGUGCUGUCGCUGUCCAAGCUCGUCAAGGUCGACAGCUCACGCGAGGAGGCAACGCAGCUGACCAAGGAGAUUGCCGAGAGGCCGCCGGGCGACCACUGGGACAGCGCCCAGGACCGGCUCGCGGAGCUGCUCCGGCCGGCGUCGUCGGUGGAGGCGACUGCCAGCCAGGGGCUGCAGCACCUCGCGGACCUGGCGACUGCGCACGAGGGCGUCGUACCCGGCGAGGGCGAGGUUGCCUUUGGCCCGUCGCUCUCGGCGGGCUACCUCGAGGUCUCGUGA